GAGCCGAUGAAAGGGGCUUCGGGAGCGGAACAUCCGGGGCUCAGCCAGGAUGGGACACCCCUGGCCUGCCUCGGGCUCCUGGGCAAAUGCCGAGCUGGGGGAGCAGGUGCUGUCCCCGCAGUCCUCCCGGGGUGCAUGUGGCGCCUGGGUGUUUCCUUCCGUCUGUCUGUCUCUUUAUGCCCCUCGCUCUCUUCCCUGCGGUCCCUUCCGUGCUCACGCCCCACAAGCAGAGGUCCUCGGCACAACUGAUGAAGGAAGUGCCGCUGCAGACCCCGCCACUUCCUCCCACGUGGGCUGGGCGGGGCCGGAGGAGGCUGGCACAGCCAGGUGACACUCCCCGCCUGGCCACCAAAGCAGCUGCGGGGUCAACGCCCGGGAGCAGGGCCACCUUCCCCCAGGGCCUUGGGAUGGACCUGUGUCACCCAGACGCAGCCGAGCUGAGCAGUGGGGAGGCCGAGGAGCUGCAGAGGAUCAGAUGGCACCGGGACCAGCUCCUGGAGGACAUCCAGAAGCUGAAGCAGGAGAUCGCGGAUGUGUUUGCCCAGAUCGACUGCUUCGAGAGCGCCGAGGAGAGCCGGAUGGCCCAGAAGGAGAAGGAGCUGUGCAUGGGAAGGAAGAAGUUCAACAUGGACCCCGCGAAGGGCAUCCAGUACCUCACUGAGCAGAAGCUGCUGACCCCGGACAUCCAGGACAUCGCCCAGUUCCUGUAUAAGGGCGAGGGCCUCAGCAAGACGGCCAUCGGCACCUAUCUGGGGGAGAGGGACCCCACCAACCUGCAGGUCCUCCAGGCCUUCGUGGACUGCCACGAGUUUGCCAACCUCAACCUCGUCCAGGCCCUCAGGCAGUUCCUCUGGAGCUUCCGGCUGCCCGGGGAGGCCCAGAAGAUCGACAGGAUGAUGGAGGCCUUCGCCGCCCGCUACUGCCUCUGCAACCCCGGGGUCUUCCAGUCCACAGACACCUGCUACGUGCUGUCCUUCUCCAUCAUCAUGCUCAACACGGGCCUGCACAACCCCAGCGUCCGCGACAGGCCGCCUUUCGAGCGCUUCGUGUCCAUGAACCGCGGCAUCAACGACGGCAGUGACCUGCCCGAGGAGCAGCUUCGGAACCUCUUCGACAGCAUCAAGAGGGAGCCCUUCUCCAUCCCUGAGGACGAUGGCGGCGACCUCACCCACACCUUCUUCAACCCUGACCGUGAGGGCUGGCUGCUCAAGCUGGGGGGCCGCGUGAAGACCUGGAAGCGGCGCUGGUUCAUCCUGACGGACAACUGCCUCUACUACUUCGAGUUCACCACUGACAAGGAGCCCCGGGGGAUCAUCCCCCUGGAGAACCUCUCGGUGGAGAAGGUGGAGGACCCCAAGAAGCCGUUCUGCCUGGAGCUGUAUAACCCCAGCUGCCGCGGCCAGAAGAUCAAGGCCUGCAAGACAGACGGCGAGGGCAAGGUGGUGGAGGGCCGGCACGGCUCCUACCGCAUCUCGGCCUCCAGCGCCGAGGAGCGGGACCAGUGGAUCGAGGCCAUCCGGGCCAGCAUCACCCGUGUCCCCUUCUACGACCUGGUCUCCGCUCGGAAGAAGAAGAUCGCCAGCAGGAAGUGAGGCUCCCGGGAGGUGGCACGGGGCCGGCACCCUGGUCCCCUGGACCUGUGGAACCCCUCCCCCAGGGCGCCCUCUCCAGGCCACAGACACCGCCACCCGCCAGGGGUGGGCAGGACGGAGGACACAGAGCCUGGCUGUGAGACCGACGCGCAGCUCUGGGGCGAGCCCGGAGCCCUGGCCCAGGCCCACUGCAGUGAGGGCCAGGAGAAGGGCGGAGAGAAGCCAGCUGGACCCGGUCACCCAGCCCUCCCUGGGCAGCCUGUCCUCAGCCCUUUGCUCUCAGAAGUUCCGCAGCCCUCCAAGCGGGGAGCCUGAGGCUCCUGGGGCUCCCGCCCUCGCCAGCCCUCCGCCUGCUCAGGUCUGCAGGUCGGGCCCCGCUCUCGCUGCCUGAGACCCACGAACAGGACCCAGGAGACCAGACCCACGGUCCAGACCUACCUCUGGCCCUCCCCGCGCCCUCGGCCAAGCCGGGCCCCUCCCUGGUUCCUGCAGAACCACAGAGUUUGGACUGGAAACGUCUGGGCCUGCGGGUUCCAGGCCCACGAGCAGCUAGGGCCGGUGGCACUGGUCUGCUGAGCUGGGUGACAGUCCUGGCUGCUGGGGGAGCAGGGCGGACUCCACCCCAGGCUGUCCACCUGGGAGGCAGGAGUCCAGCAGGACGGUGCUGCCAUCAGGGUGGAGCUUUGCAGGCCUGGUCCCCAGGAGGACUUCCUGGAGGCAGCGGCCAAACCCAGGAGCGGCACACGGGGUCCAUGCGUGGAGAGGCAGCGUCUCCCUUGGUUUCCCUGCUGGACCCUGGCCAGCACCGCCACGGUAGUGAGGGGUGGCGCAGCGGGUCCCAGCGCCCCAGGCCCUGCCCAGUGCAGCACAUGGGAGAGCAGGGCCACCAACCCCAGGCAGACAACUCUGUCUCCAGGGAGGCUCUGCCUGGAGGAGGAUCCGGGGACAGUCUUCCCAGAAGCUCUGCUCACCCUCGGGCAGGGGAGCCCUGCAGGGAGCCUCCCUGGCAAGGCAGCAGGAAGCGGGCAGCAAGGGCGGGCGGAGCGCGGGUUCCCCAGGAGGAGCCGCAGUGGCCACGUGGCCCUCCGCCCCCCGCCCCGCCCUGGUGCACGCUGUCCAGGGGUCAGGUGGAGAGGCCACAGAAGGUGGUGGGAGCUCUGUCUGGAGAUGGCAGGUACCUGGCAGCCGUGUUGCACCCCUGCGGGCAUCGGCAGGACAUGUGGGGACUUCUUCAGAUCACAGCCUGUGGCGCCGCCCCAUUAGGCCAGUGAAAGGGCCUCAGGGGUCCGUGGAAGGAACACUGGCCGGGGGCUGAGGUCAAGGUCCUCUCCUGCCUCUGGCUCACGUGAACUCUGCGACCUUCAUCUAUUCCUGCCCUCGCUGGUCCCCAGCUCCUCCCGUCAGUAAAGGACAGGCACGAGUGGCUGAUCUGAUGGUCUCUCGGACGGAGGACAGAAUAAAGUCCCCGUCCAGCGCGCA